CGACCGAUACGAUAAAGCCCUGCUUGCACCGCAAAUCCAGCGUUUGCCAGCUCCUACUUUGCUCCAUCUCAGCUCCCCGGACUCACCACCAACUCACCGAUCCGCCAUGGCUUCCACCGCCCAAGCUACUACCCGUCCUCUGAACCUCAAGCAGAACGGCCUCGAGCUCAGCAUCCCCGUGCCGUUCUCGCUCUGGCCCGUUGCCGAACACAUCAAGGACGCUCUCCCCGUCUCGGACGAGGAGACCACUGCGAUCGAGCUGACCGCCAACCUCCUCAAGAUCUCGCUCGACCAUGCGGCUACCGACGCCGCUGCUCUGCCUUUUGUUGCCCUGGUUCUCUCGUACUUCCAUCGCUCGGUCCUGAAGAACCAGAACAUCCACGCCGUCACCCGCAGUCUGGCCGCCGCUGCUCGUGCCAGCGUCAUCAAGAACUACUACCAGGCCCUCGUUGCCGUCAGAAAGCAGAGCCUCGUCACCCGCGAUGAGUUCCUCCCCCACGAAUCGGCCCUCUUUGCCCAGGUCGCCAGCGAGCAGGCCAGCAUCUUUGCCGUCUUUGGUGGCCAGGGCAACGUCGAGGAGUACUUUGACGAGCUCGUCUUUGCCUACGAGACCUACAGUGCCUUCUCCAUCGCUUUCGUUCGCCAGGCUGCCCUUACCCUGGCCCAGCACUCCGAGUCGGAGCGUGCCCAGAACGCACAGGCCUCCAAGAUCGAUGUCAUCAGCUGGCUCGAGCGCCCCGAGACCCGGCCCAGCACCAACACCCUUCUUGACACCCACCUGAGUCUGCCCCUCAUCGGUCUCACCCAGCUCCUCAACUACUGGAUCAUGCUCAAGAUCGUGGAUAAAACCCCCGCAGAGGUUCGAACACUCUUUACUGGUACUACCGGUCAUAGCCAGGGUAUUAUCUCCUCGGUCGUCAUUGCUUCGUCCGAAACCGACAAGGAGUUCCUCGAGAACACCCAGAAGGCCCUUGGUCUGCUCUUCUGGCUGGGUCUCCGCUCCCAGAAUGCUGUCCCUCGCACCACCAUCAACCCCAACAUCCUCCAGGACUCGCUCAGCAACAACGAGGGUAUCCCCACCCCGAUGUUGGCCGUCACCGGCCUUCGUUCUGCCGAGGUCGUCAAGCACGUCGAGGCCACCAACAAGCAUCUGCCUGCCGACCGCCGCGUCCAUCUCUCUCUCAUCAACGGCCCCCGCUCCACCAUCUGCACCGGUCCCCCUCAGUCCCUCUACGGUCUGAACGUCGCCCUGCGCAAGAUCAAGGCCCCCACCGGCCUGGACCAGUCCCGUGUCCCCCACUCGGAGCGCAAGAUCCGCUUCUCCUCGCGCUUCCUGCCCGUCGCCGUGCCCUUCCACAGCGAGUACCUGGUCAAUGUUCCUGCGCAGCUUGAGCAGGACAUCAGUGAGCUGAACCUCGACUUUGAUGCCGCCAAGAUCGCCAUCCCUGUCUACCACACCAACACUGGCGAGGACCUCCGCAACAGCUCGCGCCUGACCAUCUCGCUGGUCGAGCAGAUUUGCACCCAGGCCGUCCAUUGGGAGAUUGCCACCAAGGUCGACAACGUCACCCACAUCCUCGACUUUGGCCCCGGCGGCUCCUCCGGCAUCGGCGGUCUGACCCAGCGCAACAAGGAGGGCACCGGUGUCCAGGUCGUCCUCGCCAGCACUCUGGAUGCCCAGAGCUCGCUCCCCGACCAGUCCGCUGUCUUUGACUACGACGUCAAGAGCGUCAAGCGCGCCAUCAACUGGGCCGAUAAGUACAAGCCCCGCCUCAUCCAGGUCGCCGGCUCCGGCAAGAUCCACCUCGACACCCCCUUCAGCCGCCUGCUCGGCAAGCCCCCGCUGAUGGUCGCCGGUAUGACCCCCUGUACCGUCGAGGAGCCCUUUGUUGCUGCCGUCAUCAACGCCGGUUUCCACGUCGAGCUCGCUGGCGGUGGCCAGCACACCGAGCAGUACCUGCGUCGCCGUGUCAACAACAUCCUCCAGAUGGUUCCUGCCGGCGAGGCCAUCACCCUCAACUGCCUCUUCCUGAACCCCAGACUCUGGGGCUUCCAGUACCCCCUGGUCCGCGCCAUGCGCAAGGAGGGCGUCCCCAUGGAAGGUAUCACCGUUGCCGCCGGUGUCCCCUCGAUCGAUGUUGCUGACGACAUUGUCAUCAACCUCAAGGCUUCUGGUCUGAAGCACGUCGCCUUCAAGCCCGGCAGUGUCGACACCAUCCUCCGCGUCGUCAACAUUGCCAGGAAGCACCCUGACUUCCCCAUCAUUCUGCAGUGGACCGGUGGUCGUGGUGGUGGUCACCACUCGUUCGAGGACUUCCACGCUCCCAUGCUCGAGACCUACGGCCAGAUCCGCCGCUGCGAGAACAUCAUCCUGGUCGUCGGCAGUGGCUUUGGUGGCCACGAAGACACUCUGCCCUACCUCUCGGGUGAGUGGUCGACCAAGUUUGACUAUGCCCCCAUGCCCUUCGAUGGUAUCCUCCUUGGCUCGCGUGUCAUGGUCGCCGAGGAGAACAAGGCCUCGAUCUCGGUCAAGCAGCUCAUUGUCGACGCCCCCGGUAUCACCGACGAGUCGCAGUGGGAGAAGACCUACAAGGGCCCCAUUGGCAACAUCGUCACGGUCAAGUCCGAGCUCGGCGAGCCCAUCCACAAGAUUGCCAACCGCGGCAUUCUCUUCUGGAAGGAGAUGGACGACACCAUCUUCUCGCUCCCCAAGGAGAAGCGUGUCGCCGCCCUGCUCCAGCGCAAGGACUACAUCAUCGAUCGCCUCAACAAGGACUUCCAGAAGCCCUGGUUCGGCCGCAAGGCUGACGGCCGCUCGUGCGAGCUCCAUGAGAUGACCUACAAGGAGGUUGCCGAUCGCCUGCUGGACACCACCUACAUCAAGCACCAGACCCGCUGGAUCGACUUCACCCUCAAGGAGACCUUUGGCGACUUCCUUCGCCGUGUCGAGGAGCGCUUCUCCAAGAAGCCUUCUCCCUCGCUGAUCCAGUCCUACAGCGUCCUUGACUCUGAGCCCAUCGUCUUCUCCGAGGGCUUCUUUGACGCCUUCCCUGAGGCCCGUGUCCAGACCCUGACGCAGGAGGACGUCUUCCACUUCCUGGCCAUCACCACCAUCCCCUGGCGCAAGCCCGGUCCUUUCAUUCCCGUCCUCGACGACAAGUUUGAGUUCUGGUUCAAGAAGGACUCGCUGUGGCAGUCCGAGGACGUCGACGCUGUCCCCGACCAAGAUGUCGGCCGUGUUGCCAUUCUCCAGGGCCCUGUCGCCGUCGCCCACAGCAAGGUCGUGAACGAGCCCGUCAAGGACAUUCUCGGCAACAUCUACAAUGCCCAGAUCGAGUUCAUCAAGGAGAAGUACUACAACGGCGACGAGGCCAGCAUCCCUGUUGCCGAGUACCUCGGCGCCAGCCCUGCCCGCAUUGCCGCCGCCAACCUCCCCGGCGUCAAGGUCACCCACCUUGACGAUGGCGAGAUCAUGUACGAGCUCUCGGGCAAGGAGUCCGAGCUUCCCUCGGGCCCCGAGUUCUUUGAGAUUCUGGCUGGCCCCAAGCUCCACUGGCUCCGUGCCCUCCUGACCGAGAGCUCGAUCUUCCAGGGCAAGCAGAUCAGCUCCAACCCCGUCCACGCCAUCCUGCGCCCCCGCCCCAACCAGACGCUCUUUGCCAAGUUCGACGCCGAGGGCAACCCCGUUGUCUUGACCGUCUACAGCCAGCGCUCGCCGGCCAGCAGCAAGCUUCCCGACCGCCACCCUGCUGUCGUCAUUACCCGCGAGGGCGAGGCCAUUGCCGUCACCGUGUACGAGAAGCGCGACGCUGACCACGUUCCUCUGCAGUUCUUCUUCAAGUACGUCCCCUCGAUGGGCUAUGCCCUGAUCCACGAGGUCAUGGAGGGCCGCAACCAGCGCAUCAAGGACUUUUAUGCCGCCCUUUGGUACAUCAGCCCCUCCGAGUCUGCCCUCACCCCCACGGACGUGUUCCGCUCGACCUUUGUCGUCGACAAGAAGCGCCUGCAGGACUUUACCCAGAUCAUCGGAAACCACGCCGAGCUGUACUCCACAAACACGGACAACGUCCCUGCUCCCAUGGACUUUGCCAUCGUCGCCGGCUGGAAGUCGCUUGUCGGCGCCAUUCUGCCCAAGGAGAUCGACGGCGACCUCCUGCGCCUCGUCCAUCUCUCGAACGAGUUCCGCCAGAUCGACUCCAAGGAGAUCAUCCGCGCCGGCGACGAGAUCUCGACCGAGGCCAUCAUCAACUCGGUGAUCAUCUCCGAGGCCGGCAAGACCGUCGAGGUCAAGGCGGUCCUCAGCAAGAACGGCUCUGCUGUGAUCGAGAUCAUCAGCCGUUUCCUGUACCGCGGCAAGUUCAGCGACUACGAGAACACCUUCCGCCGCACGGCCGAGAAGCCCAUGCAGGUCGAGCUCAAGACCAAGAAGGACGUUGCCGUGCUCAAGUCCAAGAAGUGGAUCCAGUGGAACGAGACCGCCCCCGAGAUCACGCCCUCGUCGGUGCUGAUCUUCCGUCUCGAGAGCUUUGCCAAGUUCAAGAACGCCACGGUCUUCUCGCACAUUGCCACCAACGGCUCUGUCUUCCUCAAGACCACCCGCGAGACGGUCGAGAUUGGCAAGGUCGUCUACGAGGCCGACGUUGCCCACGGCAACGUGGUGAUGGAGUACCUCAACCGCCACGGCAAGCCCAUCGAGCAGGCCAUCCACUUCAAGAACGGUGGCUACUCGAUCCUCCCCGGCUCGAAGGUCUUCCCUGCCGUUGCCUCUGUCCCCGGCAACAACGAAACCUACGCCAAGAGCUCGGGCGAUCUCAACCCCAUCCACGUGAACCCCUACAUUGCCGACCUCGCUGGCCUGCCUGGCACCAUCACCCACGGCAUGUGGACCAGCGCCUCGACCCGCAAGUUUGUCGAGAUCUUUGCGGCCAACAACCAGCCCCAGCGCGUCAAGGCCUACCAGGUUACCUUCAUGGACAUGGUUCUUCCCGGCGACCAGCUCGAGACCAAGCUCUCGCACGUCGGCAUGCUCAACGGCAAGAAGCUGAUCCAGAUCGAGACCUUCAACCAGCGCGGAGCCAAGGUCCUCGUCGGCUCGGCCGAGGUCGAGCAGCCCACCACCAGCUACGUCUUCACCGGCCAGGGCUCGCAGGAGGUCGGCAUGGGUAUGGACCUGUACGCCUCGUCGCCCGUUGCCAAGGAGAUCUGGGACCGCGCCGACCAGCACAUGCUCAACACCUACGGUGUCUCGAUCCUCGAGAUUGUCCGCAGCAACCCCAAGUCCAAGACGGUGCACUUUGGCGGCAUCAAGGGUGCUGCCGUCCGCCGCCACUACCAGGGCAUGACCUACGAUGUCCUCGAGGACGGCCAGCUCAAGAGCCUGCCCCUCUUCCCCGGCAUCAACGACAACACCCUGUCGUUCACCUUCACCCACCCCACCGGCCUGCUCUCGGCCACGCAGUUCACCCAGCCCGCCCUGACCCUGAUGGAGAUUGCCUCCUUCCAGGACAUGAAGGCCAACGGCUUUGUCCAGAGCGACUGUGCCUUUGCCGGCCACAGUCUCGGUGAGUACGCCGGUCUCUCGGCCGUCGGUGGCGUCCUCUCGAUCGAGUCCCUCGUCGAUGUCGUCUUCUACCGUGGCAUGACCAUGCAGACGGCCGUUCCUCGCGACAGCGAGGGCCGCUCGGACUACGGCAUGUGCGCCAUCAACCCCAUCCGCGUUGGCCCCACCCUCGGCGAGCAGGCCCUCCGCUUCAUCAUCGACGGCAUCGCCCGCCGCUCCAACAACCUGCUGGAGAUUGUCAACUUCAACGUCGAGAACUUCCAGUACGUCGCUGCCGGUGAGCUCACCAACCUGGAGACCCUCCGCCUCGUCCUCGACAAGAUCAAGGCCCUCAAGGUCAACUUUAUCGAGCUCACCAAGACCAAGACCCUGGAGGAGAUCGAGGAGCUGCUCAACGGCAUCUGCGACGAGUCCCUCGAGGUGGCCCGCAAGAAGAAGGCUGCCAACAAGGGCCUCGUCAUCCCCGAGCGCGGUGUGGCCACCAUCCCCCUGCCCGGCAUCGACGUGCCCUUCCACUCGAGCUUCCUGCUCAACGGUGUCGUUCCUUUCCGAGAGGUCCUCCGCCGCAAGCUCGAGGCUCGAUUCGUCAACGUCUCGCUGCUUGUUGGCAAGUACAUCCCCAACUUGACUGCCGAGCCCUUCAGCAUCAGCAAGGACUACUUUGAGCGCGUCCACAAGCAGACCGGCUCGGCCUGGCUCACUGAAAUCCUGGCCAACUGGGACGAGGAGACCAACGCCACCUCGGCCGGCCAGCAGCACCUUGCCUAUGUGCUCUUGAUUGAGCUGCUUGCCCAUCAGUUUGCCAGCCCCGUCCGCUGGAUCGAGACCCAGGACCGCUUCUUCCGCGAGUACGAUGUCGAGCGCUUCAUCGAGGUCGGUCCCAGCCCCGUCCUCUGUGGCAUGGCCGGCCGCACCCUCAAGAUCAAGUACGAGGCCUACGACGACGCCGUCACCGCCCGCCGUGUGACCCUCUGCACCACCAAGGACCGCAAGGACAUCUACUACCAGUAUGAAGAUGCCGCUCCCGCCGAGCCCGAGGCCGCCCCUGCUGCCCCCGCUGCUGCUGCUGCUGCUGCUCCCGCGCCUGCCCCUGUUGCCGUGGCUGCUCCUGCCCCCGUCGCCGUGGCUGCUGGCAGUGUUUCUGACGAGCCCGUGUCUGCCAAGGAGAUUUUGCUUGUCCUUGUCGCCCACAAGCUCAAGAAGCCUCUUGCCGAGAUCCCUCUCAACAAGAGCAUCAAGGACCUCGUUGGUGGCAAGUCGACUCUGCAGAACGAGAUCCUCGGUGAUCUCGGAGCCGAGUUCGGCAACGUCCUCGCCGACAAGGCCGAGGAGAACGCCCUUGGUGAGAUCGCCAACGCUCUGCAGAACGGCCACUCUGGUGCCCUCGGCAAGACCUCGAGCGGUCUGAUCAACAAGCUCGUCAGUGGCAAGAUGCCUGCCGGCUUUGGUAUGGGUCAGGUCAAGGCCCACCUCAAGGCUGCCCACGGCCUCGGCCCCAAGCGCACUGAGGGUGCCUUGCUGCACGGUCUGCUCUCCGAGCCUGCCUCCCGUCUCAGCAGCGAGGCCGAUGCCAAGGCCUGGCUCGAUGCCACCGCCAGCUCGUACGCCGCCAAGGUCGGCAUUUCGCUCGGCGGCGGUGCCCCUGCCGCUGCUGCUGGCCCCAUCUUUGCCGCCGCCGCCCCUGCCGCCGCUGCUGCUGGACCCAUCCCCGAUGAGCCCCUCACUGCCAAGGAGGUCCUUGUCGUUCUCGUCGCCCAGAAGCUCAAGAAGCCCAUUGCCGAGAUCCCUCUCAACAAGAGCAUCAAGGACCUCGUUGGCGGCAAGUCGACUCUGCAGAACGAGAUCCUCGGUGAUCUCGGAGCCGAGUUUGGCAACGUCCUCGCCGAUAAGGCCGAGGAGAACGCCCUUGGUGAGAUCGCCAACGCUCUGCAGAACGGCCACUCUGGUGCCCUCGGCAAGACCUCGAGCGGUCUGAUCAACAAGCUCGUCAGUGGCAAGAUGCCUGCCGGCUUUGGUAUGGGCCAGGUCAAGGCCCAUCUGUCGUCCAAGGGCCUCGGCCCCAAGCGCACCGACGGUGUCCUGCUCCACGGUCUCGUGAGCGAGCCCGCCUCCCGUCUCGGCAGCGAGGCUGAGGCCAAGGCCUGGCUCGAUGCCACCGCCAGCUCGUACGCCGCCAAGGUCGGCGUCUCGCUCGGCGGCGGUGCUGCCGGUGGAGUCGCCGUUGGCGGCGCCGUCGUUGCCAUGAACAGCGAAGAGUUCAACCUGCACAAGAUGAAGACCGAUCUGAUGAUCCGCGAGCAGCUCGAGCUGUUUGCCAAGUACCUCGAUGUCGACCUCCUCGAGGGCGCCCAUGCCGCCGAGGCCGAGCGCGGCAGCUCCAAGACUCUGCAGAAGGAGAUUGAUCUGUGGAACACCGAGCACGGCGAGUUCUACGCCGACGGCAUCAAGCCCCUGUUCACCAUCCUCAAGGCUCGCAAGUUCGACUCGCACUGGAACUGGGCCCGCCAGGACGCCAUCCAGCUCUACUACGACUUCAUCUUUGGCCGCCUCACCAGCGUCGACCGCGAGCUCAUGGACCGCUGCCUGCACAUCAUGAACCGCGCCGACGACUUUGAGGGUCUGGUGCAGAUGAUCGAGUACUACAUCAGCACUUGCCCCGAGGAGAAUGGCGAGAACUACUCGCGCGCCAAGACCCUCGGCAAGGUCCUGCUGGACAACGUCAAGGAGUCGCUCAAGGCCGAUCCCGUGUAUAAGAGCAUCGCCUACCGCCCCACCCAGCCCAAGACCACCAUCUCGGCCGACGGCAAGCUCGUCUACAAGGAGGAGCGCCGCGCUGCCAGCAACAUGAAGGACUACGUCAAGGAGAUGCGUGCCGGCAGCCAGCUCACCAAGCUGCCCAACACCGACUCGGUCAAGCGCAAGUUUGAGGAGCUCCAGGCCCUCGUCCGCGGCGCCACCGAGCUCGACGCCUCUGUCAAGACCAGCAUCGACUCGAUCUUUGCGGAGCUCAAGGACAGCCUGCCCGACAGCUUUGGCGCCGAGAACCUGCCCUUCAUCUUCCUCAAGAAGCGCGACGCCGCCGACCCCAGCCACUGGAACCCCGACUGCUCGUACACCGAAAAGUACCUCGACAUUCUCUCGCAGAUUGCCGCCGAGGGUCUGUCCUUCAAGGGCCGCCACGCCCUCCUGACGGGCUGCGGCCGCGAUUCGAUCGGUGUCGAGAUCCUGAAGGCCCUGCUCCAGGGCGGUGCCUCUGUGAUCGUGACCACCUCGCGCUUCUCAAAGAGCGUCACUGAGUACUACCGCUCGAUCUACGAGCAGUACGGCUCCAAGGGCUCGCGCCUCGUCGUCGUGCCCUUCAACGGCGGCUCUCUCCAGGACACCAAGGCUCUCGUCGACUACAUCUACGACAAGGACCUCAAGAACGGCCUCGGCUGGGAUCUCGACUUUGUCGUGCCCUUCGCCGCCAUCCCCGAGCAGGGCCGCGAGCUCGACGGCAUCGACUCCCGCUCCGAGCUUGCCCACAGAAUCAUGCUCACCAACCUCCUCCGCCUCCUUGGCGAGAUCAAGAUCAAGAAGCAACAGAACGGCUACGACACCCGUCCCGCCGCGGUCAUGCUGCCUCUCUCGCCCAACCACGGCACCUUUGGUGGCGACGGUCUCUACGGCGAGUCCAAGAUUGCCCUUGAGACCCUGAUGAACCGCUUCCAUGCCGAAAAGUGGAGCAGCUACCUCACCAUCAUUGGCGCCGUCAUCGGCUGGACCCGUGGCACCGGCCUGAUGUCUGGCAACAACAUGGUUGCCGAGGGCAUCGAGUCGCUCGGCGCCCGCACCUUCUCGACCCACGAGAUGGCUUUCAACCUGGUUGGUCUGCUGCACCCCGACAUUGUCAAGCUCUCUGGCAUCGAGCCCAUCUGGGCCGAUCUCAACGGCGGCCUGCACUUUGUCGCCGACCUCAACACCGUGUCGUCCAACCUGCGCCGCGAGCUCAUGGAGACCUCGGAGAUCCGCCGCGCCAUCGCCCAGGAGGAGAUCCUCGACAACAAGACCCUGAAGGGCCCCGCCAAGCAGGACACUGUCGUCGUGACCCCCCGGGCCAACAUGAAGUUCCAGUUCCCCGAGCUGCGCGCCCAGAAGCUCAAGCACCUCGAGGGCGUGCUCGAUCUCGAGAAGGUCAUUGUCGUGACCGGCUUUGGCGAGGUCGGACCCUUCGGUGGCUCGCGCACCCGCUGGGAGAUGGAGGCCUUUGGCGAGCUCUCGCUCGAGGGCUGCAUUGAAAUGGCCUGGAUCAUGGGCUUCAUCAAGUUCCACAACGGCCCGCUCGGCAAGAUCCCCAACUACUCGGGCUGGAUCGACGUCGCCACCAAGGAGCCCGUCCAGGACUUCAACGUCAAGUCCAAGUACGAGGAGAAGAUCCUCGAGCACACCGGUAUCCGUCUGAUCGAGUCGGAGCUCUUCCAGGGCUACAACCCCAACAAGAAGCUCUUCCUCCAGGAGGUUGCCAUCACCACCGACAUGGCCCCCAUCGAGGUCAGCAAGGAGGAGGCCGAUGCCUUCAAGCUGCAGCACGGCGAUGCCGCCGUCAUUGAGAACCGCGGCGACCAGCUCUUCCUGCGCAUGAAGAAGGGCUCGACCCUGUACGUCCCCAAGGCCCUCAAGUUCAGCCGCCUCGUCGCUGGCCAGAUCCCCACCGGCUGGGACGCGGCCCGCUACGGUGUCCCUGCUGACAUUGUCUCCCAGGUCGACCCCAUCACCCUGUAUGCCCUCGUUGCCACCGUCGAGGCCCUCGUGACUUCGGGUGUCACCGACCCCUACGAGUUCUACCAGUACAUCCACGUUUCCGAGCUCGGCAACACCUCGGGCGGUGGCAUGGGCGGCAUGCGCGCCCUCCAGAAGCUCUUCAAGGAGCGUCUGCUUGAGAAGCCCGUCCAGAACGACAUUCUCCAGGAGUCCUUCAUCAACACCAUGCCCGCCUGGGUCAACAUGCUUCUGCUGUCGUCCUCGGGCCCCAUCAAGACCCCUGUUGGCGCCUGCGCCACCGCCGCCGAGUCCGUCGACAUUGCCGUCGACACCCUGCUCAGCGGCCGCGCCAAGGUCGUCAUCUGUGGUGGCUACGAUGACUUCCAGGAGGAAGGCUCGUACGAGUUUGCCAACAUGAAGGCCACCUCCGACUCGCUCGACGAGUUUGCCCGCGGCCGCGAGCCCCGCGACAUGUGCCGGCCGGCUUCCGACACCCGCGGCGGCUUCAUGGAGUCCCAGGGCGCGGGUAUCCACGUCCUGAUGACCGCCGACCUGGCUGUCAAGAUGGGCGUCCCCAUCCGCGCCAUCGUCGCCUGCACCAACACUGCCACCGACAAGAACAGCCGCUCCGUCCCUGCUCCCGGUCAGGGUAUCCUCACCACCGCCCGCGAGACCCAGCAGAAGCACAAGUCUCCCCUGCUCAACUUUGAGUACCGCGCCAAGCAGCUCAAGCGCGAGCGCGAAUACAUCAAGACCUGGGUUGCCAACGAGUACGAGGCUCUUGCCGAUGAGGUCUCUGCCCUGAAGGCCGCUGGCGAGGAGGCUGACGAGACCUUCAUCAAGGAGCGCACCGCCUUUAUUGAGAAGGAGGGCAAGCGCAGAGAAAAGGCUGCCCUUGCCACCUGGAGCCACGAGUUUGCCAAGCAGGACCCCACCAUCUCGCCCAUCCGAGCCGCCCUUGCCACCUAUGGCCUUAGCAUCGACGACAUCGGCGUUGCCUCGUUCCACGGCACCGGCACCAAGGCCAACGACUACAACGAGUCGUCUGCCGUCAACCAGCAGCUCGCCCAUCUCGGCCGCACCAAGGGCAACGUGCUCCCGUCCAUCUUCCAGAAGUACCUCACCGGCCACCCCAAGGGUGCUGCUGCCGCCUGGAUGCUCAACGGUGUCAUCCAGGUUCUCGAGACCGGCAUCAUCCCCGGCAACCGCAACCUGGACAACGCGGAGGACCGACUCUCCAAGUUCAAAUACAUCCUGUACCCGUCGCGCUCGAUCCAGACCGACGGCAUCAAGGCUGGUCUGCUCAAGUCGUUCGGUUUCGGCCAGGCCGGCGGUGAGAUUCUCGUUAUCCACCCCGACUAUGCCCUCGCUGCUCUCGAGACCAAGGCCUACAACGAGUACCUCCUGAAGCGUGAGAAGCGCCAGGCCGCUUCCUACCGCUACUUCCACGAGACCCUCACUGGCGUCGGCGCCUUUGUCCGUGUCAAGUCGGCCGCUCCCUACACCGAUGCCCAGCAGUCGUCCGUGUACCUCAACCCGCUGGCCCGUGCCACCUUUGACAAGAAGGCCGGCUCCUGGAACUUCAACUCCAACACCUCGGACGUCCCCAAGCCCGACGUCGACGUCACCAAGGCCCUGCUGAGCGCCAGCGCCGAGAUCGACCAGACCUCUGGCCGCGGCGUCGGCCUCGACGUCCAGCUCAUCUCCGAGAUCAACGCCGAGAACCCCGUCUUUGUCGAGCGCAACUUUACCGAGCAGGAGCAGGCCUACUGCACCUCCUCGUCGUGCCCCGUCUCGAGCUAUGCCGGACGAUGGGCCGCCAAGGAGGCCGUUGUCAAGGCCGUCAGCAGCGCCGCCGGCACCGUUGUCUGGGACCAGGGCUCCGCCGCCCCGCUCAAGGACAUUGAGAUCACCCGCGAAGAAGGCAAGGCCCCCGUCGUGACCUUCCAUGGCGAUGCCAAGGCCGCUGUCGAGAAGGCCGGCAUCACCGAGGUCAAGAUCACCAUCAGCCACAGCGGCUCGUACGCCGUUGCCAUGGCCGUUGCCAAGUAAUCCCUGCAGCAUGCGACACCAUCCGCGAGCCUGCGCUCUCCCUUCCUUUACAUGCCCUUUCAACCCUCUUGCCACUUGAUUUUUCCCGUUCCUCUUACCUGAACUGAUUUGGUUAGUGCUCUCUGAUUUGGACCGAU